CGAACACGCCGCCAGCAAAUCCAAAUGAGGCAGUAUUCCUCCUCAUCGUUCGCUUCUUAGUUCUUACACCUCCAUUCCUCCAAAGUCGGUAAUGGACACCAACGCUGACGAUGAGAUCGUUGUCGAGAUCCUCCCCACCAUCCGCACCUACCGUAGCGGCCGCGUUGAGCGUCUACAGCCCACCGAUUUCGUCCCCGCCUCACUCGACCCCCCCACCGCCGUCCUCUCCAAGGACCUCAACAUCAAUCCCUUCACACUCCUCUCCGUCCGUCUCUACCUCCCCACUCUUUCCACGGCCGCUGAUAACCGCCGGAAGUUCCCGGUCUUCGUGUUCUUCCACGGCGGCGGCUUCUGCAUCGGCAGCGCCUUCUCCUCCAUCUACCAUUCCUACCUCAACUCACUCGUCUCCAGGGCUCAAGUCAUCGCCGUAUCCGUCGACUUCAGACUCGCCCCGGAGAAUCCUCUCCCCGCCGCCUAUGAUGAUUCUUGGGAGGCGCUCAAAUGGAUAAGCGGCGCAUCAGGCAACUCGGAGCCGUGGCUGACGGAAGCAGCUGAUCUCGGCAAGAUCUUCCUCGCCGGUGACAGCACUGGGGCAAACAUAGCCCAUAAUAUGGCGGUUAGAUUAGGGCAGAACAACUCACCUGUUGAGGGUUUGGUUCUGAUGCAUCCCUAUUUCUGGGGGAAGGAGAGGAUCGGAUCAGAGAGGGAGGAGAAGGAGGGGGUGAUGCUUAAGAGCAAGGAUGCUGAUGCUCUCUGGCCAUUCGUGUGUCCGGGGACAAGUGGACUCGACGAUCCAAGGGUGAAUCCGACGGCGGACGGCGGGCGGAGCCUGGCGGCGCUCGGAUGUCGCAGGGUGAUGGUGAGUGUUGCCGGGAGGGAUCUACUGAGGGAAAGAGGGAGGCUUUACUUUGAAAAGCUGAAAAAGAGUGGGUGGGAAGGAGAAGCCGAAUUCUUGGAGGCCGAAGGGGAGGACCACGUCUUCUUCUUGCUCAAUCCCGGCGGUGAGAAGGCGGUGGAGUUCAUGGAGCGCUUGGUCACGUUUCUUAACAAGAAAUAGAUCUCUAUACAGAGCAGCAUCAAUAUACUAUGUAUAUCCAUUAAGUGUUUCUUCAGUGUACGUGUUUUCUUUGAUUUGUUAGUGUAAUCAGAGCAACAUUAAUAUAUAAUUGAACUCUAUUUGUGCUA